CCGCGACCGCUUCACUGACUUGCACUCGGUAUAGACGGUUACCGUCAAAUUUGUCAUAAUAAUAAUUGUAAUACAACAUACUACUGUAAGACGGAGUAAACGAUACGGAUUUUUGUGUUUUCUGAACUGCCGAUUUGUUCAGAGGUUUUCAGAUUAGAAUUUUUCAACCUACGCCAAUGUACUCCACUUUGUCUGUUUCUAUUACAUAUAGCAGUAGUCUAUACUGACAAAUUGAAUUAAAAAAAUAACGUGAAAACUUGGAUCAAGGACUUUGAUUUUUGCUGAAUAUAAACAGAUGUUGAUUACCAUUCGAGCUCGUCGCCCCAGCAGUCAUCCAAGGAUCGGAGACUGCCGAUGAAGUUGGGACGUUCAACAAGCACGACGCCGUCCCCACAGCACAACCAGCACCACCAGCCGUCCAUGUCACCGACGGCAGGCACUAGCGUCCGGUGGUCGCAUCGGAACAGCGCCUUCUACCCUUUCCGGCACACGGAUAGCGUGGCGGCUGAUCUGCCGUUGUCCAUGUCGGCUACCGGUGUAGGUCACCUUUCGCCUUACGGCAGUUUCAUCAACGGCCUCGUACCCGUUUCGCCGUAUCUAUGGCCGCUGAUGAUGCCGUACUCGCCGUUGUCCAGUUGUGGAGGCCACAUGAUAGCAGCGGCCGCGGCCGCCGCAGCUGCUGCAGCCGCCGCUUCCUCCACUACCCCUCCGUCAUUUUCGAUGACUACCACCGCGGUCAAAGUAGAACAAUCCUUACAGUUUUCUCCUGACCGGGCAAGUGUGGACGCCGGCCAGACGCCAGAAAAAGCAAAGUUCGAUGAUGUGUCGGAAUCACCGUUGAACUUGUGCAUGAAAAAGAGGAGUCAAGAGAUCUGGUCUCCCGGCAGCCUUUGCGAAAAAGAAAAAUCUCCCUUGCCGAUGCAGUCAAAAAGUUUGACCGACAACGCGUUGGGCGUAGAAAGGUCUUUCCAGUGCAAAUUGUGCGGCAAAACGUUCAAGAGGUCUUCCACGCUGUCUACGCAUCUGUUGAUCCACUCGGACACCAGACCGUACCCGUGUCAGUUCUGCGGCAAGAGGUUUCACCAGAAGUCCGACAUGAAGAAGCACACAUAUAUCCACACAGGCGAGAAACCUCAUAAGUGCGUGGUGUGUUACAAAGCGUUUAGCCAGUCGUCUAACCUGAUCACUCACCUUCGUAAACACUCGGGUUACAAGCCGUUUCCCUGCGGGCUGUGCGACAAAGCAUUCCAGAGGAAGGUGGACUUGCGCCGGCAUAGGGAGAGCCAACACCCCGGGUCUCCAGCUCAACAGUGUCAUAUCACCAGCACUACAGCCGCCGUUGUCGACCACCAGCAGCAUCAGCCUUGCACCGAUAACAGCAGCAGCUAAUACAGGCGUUCUGCUCUAACCCGGCCUAGGUUUUUACUUUUUACCCGCCUUUCCCUUCAAGUCCUAAACAUGUUCCAACAAUAGCUCCCGACCUUACGGCUAACAUUUCAGUAAUCACAUAGAAAUAAAAGGAGAAUGUGAAAAAGAGAGAGAACGUCGCAUAUAGUACGAAUAUGUUGUAUAUUAUAAAAAUAUUCAAUCACUGGGAACACGGAUGAGAGACAGCUAGGCGGCGCUAGCAAAGUUCAGUCUUAGACACUUUAUGAUUUUUUUCCCCUUUGCCUGUUGAGUUACAUGCCGGCUAACCUAAAAAUAUGACAUAGUCACCGGUAUUGUAUCAAAAGUCUAUGUAAACCUCGUUUGUGGGAAAAACGAACAAAAACCUGAAUCGCGACAGUUGUCCAAUCUAGUCCGUCCACGCUUACCAAAAAUAAAUCAAUUGAUACAUAAUUAUACUACAUAGCGGUAAUCUUCGUUUAAAAUUGAUAAUUUAUUUCCCCUCGUUUCCGUAUUGUAAACAUGUAAGAUAUUUAUAGAACAUUAUGUUAAUUCGAUUUUGUUGUUAUUUUACACCUGUCCUGAAAAAAAUAUACGUUGUUAUUAUAUAAUUUUCAAACCGAUGCGGUUAUAUAUUUUGUAUACUCAACAAAAGCAUUAUUUUUUAAAUGUAGGUGACGUCAUGUGCGUAACAUCGUAUAAAGCUAUUAUAAAAUGGAAUUUAAUUUUGGCAUCUUAAAAAAAAUUAAUUUUACUGCGCAUUGUCGAAUUAAUAAAAUACGAAUUAAUAAUAUCGUUAAUGUUUACCUGAACGACCGUUUUUUCUAAUUAAACAGUUUUUCUUUUAUAGUCAAAUAAUAGAGCCAAAUGUCUUUAGUUUUUUUUAUAGUCAAGUACCAUUUUAUUUAUUGAUAAAACGAAACGACAUUAUAAAAAACAUGUAAGUGUAUGCCGAUUGUGUUUUGCGUUUAGAGUUGACUGAAAAGUCAUUUAAUUAUUUCUAUUAUUAUUAUAUAGAGGACCACUACCAAAAGUGUUAUAUAUAAUUUAUAGAAUUAUUUUUAGUUAAGUAAAAAACUUAAGUCUCACAUAGUUCCUUUUUACUAAAAUUAAUUAUACCUAAGUAGUCUAUAAAUCCAGAAACGGCGUUUUGUAGACUACUUACCUAUUUAUUUAUUUAUUUAUUAUUAUUACUAUUAUUAUUAUUUCAAAAUAUUUAACGCGUUUCGGAAACGAGUUGAACCUAUACUUGAUUAAUAUUAUAUAAUAUAAUUAUUAGUUUUAGUUUAAUUAUUUUUAGUAUUUUUACUAUGUACAUACAACCACCAAAGAAUACGUACGGUUAGUAAUAAUUACUAUUAUGUUUUUCACACGUGACCAACGUGCACACCUUGCACGAACGUUGUCUUAAAAUGACGCACAUAUAUUAACACAUACACAUUUACACCUACACCUAUCUUACUUUUUCCUUCUUAAAAAUAAAAUAAAUAUACUUAUUAAAUCAUGUAAGCAUUUUUAUUUUAAUUGUAUAUUUACGCUAAUAGAAAUGAC